UCUACGUGCAUCCAGCUGGUUAUAAUAAGCUCUUGUACUUGUGUCAUCAGUCACAUGGCUAGAGCUGUGCUUUCAAAUGCAAAGAUGCUAGUGCUUAGCUCGUGCAGGGAAACGUCUAGGCCACUCCAGUGCCAUUUUAGCAGUCCUCCAGCAGUACAACAGCCAGAAAAGUCAGGGAACUCAGUCAAAUGUAGCAAGAUGGGGGAUUGGGUACCUCAUCCUCGCACAGGAAUUUAUUUUCCAAAAGGCCAUGAGUGGGUGAUGGAUGAUGUACCAGAGAAUGCAGCUUCAUUCAGUCAGACUUAUUGGCUGAGGAAUGUUGAUGGUGUUGAGAAACCAGGCCCUGAUACACCCCAUGACCAUUACUUGGCCACCAAUCUGUAUCCAGUUUAGUCAAGAAGAUAUAACGAGUGCCGCUGUGGCCCUGAAAGUUAUACAACAAGAUGUAUCCUCCUAGUGUUGAACGCUGUGAAUGGAAUAACACAAAUCCAAGAAAUUACGCAGCCCUUUUCUUUUUCCCGAAUGGCUUCUUUGCUGU